ACAAUUUGACAUUGACAUUUCAAUUUGUAAACAUUCCUUCCAGUCGGAAAAAUCGGUAUUUGUAAUGUUUUUCUUCUAAUUUUCCUUACCGGUCGAUCUACAAAACCAAAAUGAUUGUACAAAUAGCAGUGUUAAUCACUGCAGUCAAAAUUAUGUUCAUUCCACUAUAUCAUUCCACCGACUUUGAAGUCCAUAGAAACUGGCUGGCUCUCACCCACAAUUUAUCAACAUCCAAAUGGUACUAUGAAGAAACUUCCGAAUGGACCCUGGAUUACCCCCCAUUAUUCGCGUGGAUGGAAUACGCCCUCUCGCAAGUGGCUAAAUACUUUGACCCUAAAAUGCUGGAGAUCAGUAAUUUGAACUACGACUCUACAGGAACUGUGGUGUUCCAAAGGCUCUCUGUUAUAGCUCUGGAUGUAAUUUAUUUUAUUAGUAUAAAGAGAUGUUCCAACCUUAUAGGCAAUGGGAAGCUCCUGGUGUUCAUACUGCUGGUCUCCAACCCGGGCUUGCUGAUGGUAGACCACAUACACUUCCAGUACAAUGGGAUCUUAUAUGGCAUCCUGCUGCUCUCAAUAUCCAGUAGUAUUAGGAGCAACUUUGUGCAAGCAGCCUUUUGGUUCACAAUCCUACUCAACAUGAAGCACAUCUACAUGUACAUAGCUCCUGCAUUCCUGGUGUUCUUCUUCAGAGCAUAUUGCUUCACGGUGGCGUCCACGGACGGCAAACACAUUGCCUGGUAUUCAUUCUCUCUGUGGAAUCUAAUCAAGUUGGCAUUCACUGUUAUAUUCGUGACUGGUGUGUCCUUCGCCCCAUUAAUGGAUCAUCUACCUCAGGUAAUAUCAAGACUAUUUCCAUUCAAGCGAGGGCUGUGUCACGCAUACUGGGCUCCCAACUUCUGGGCCCCGUACAACCUAGUGGACAAGGUCUUGCAACAUGCAUUGCCAAAGCUCGGGUUCGACGUGGCAACAGCGCAAGCCUCGAUGACGGGUGGCCUAGUACAGGAGUUCGAACACGCGGUGUUGCCAACUGUGCGGCCCGCCGCCACGUUUGUGCUCACCGCGGUGUCGAUGUUGCCAGCUUUAGUACACUUGUGGAAUCUUUGCGCGGAUAAGAGAUAUAGGGGCGUGAAUUUCGUCAGAUGUAUCACCCUUUGCGCCACCUGUUCUUUCAUGUUCGGAUGGCAUGUUCAUGAGAAAGCUAUUCUGAUGAUCUUAAUUCCCUUGAGUUUCCUGUCAGUGCUUGGUGAAGACGAUGGAAGAAUGUUUCUAAUUCUGUCCACAGUGGGCCACUACUCGCUAUUCCCUCUACUAUACCCGACCAACCUACUUGGUAUCAAAGUAAUGAUGUUGCUGACCCACUGUGCAGUGGCUUUCGGGAACCUUCCAUCUCUAUACGAAAAGUAUCCGAAGCAGAAGAAAAAGGACCGUAUUCCUAUAUUAUUGCCGAUGCUAUCGUUUUUCGAAACUAUGUAUAUUUACGGGUUUUUUGUGCUAUUUAUGUAUGAGAAUGUGGUUCACCCGGCUUGGGGUUUGCACAAGACUUUGCCGUUUUUGCCCCUCAUGCUUACCUCAGUUUACUGUUGGGUAGGUGUGUUUUACUUCUGGAUCUCGUAUUAUUACUACUUCUUGACGUUCAAGUUGAGUCAGCCGAUUCCCGCGGCGGCCGAGCCAAAGAAAGUACAAUAAGUUGUUUUAAAACAUGGUUUUACUCUGUUUGUAAUCGAAAAAUGUUACGAGUGUUAGAUUGCUUAUGUUGAGUGUAAUAAGUGAAAGUGUGGAUUUGUAUAGUUACUUGCUAUGCACGCAAAUGGACGAAGAGUCUGAGAGCUAUUUAUGACAUAACUAUGUUGACUGUACUAAUUUCGCGACGGCCACCAAUAAUAAAAUUGUUCAUUAAGAUGUAUUAUUACCUAAAUCAAUCUAAAACGGUAAAGACUGUAAGCAUUUGUUAAUUCUGUGUGGAGAAAAACCAAGACCUCAGCUUCUGCUAGACUGUUAAUUUUAAGUUGAGUGCAAUGUUACAAAAUUAGGUAUAAGUACUUAAUUAUGUAUUUAAAUAUUAUGUACCAACACCUAAUUUAUUAUUUUUACAGGGUGAAUAAAUUCAGUCAUUUGUUA